AUGUCGCUCAAGUUCUCCAUCGACGAGACGGAUCCGUUCUUGAAGAAGGUUGAAGGCCGUUAUUCCGACUGGAAAGCAUUCAAUAUACUUUGCCAAUUCCUUUUACAAGAUGAUCUCUCUGUGAGACAGGCCGUCAGUCUCUUGCAUAAUAUACUUCCAACAAAGAAGGAAGAAAAUCUAGGAGGACAACCGGGAAUGCUUGUUUGCGUACUUUUGGACAUUGCACGACAAAUCCCAUACUCCCACCCGGCGCAGAUCCAGUUGGUACGGCUCGUGGGAGAGCUAAGAAAGUCAGACAGGCUGACCUUCCAUGCCAUUGAUUAUGAUCAGGGAUACUCCUUUUAUACGAGCAUGCCUGAUUUAGGAAUGACCUUGCGAGAAUGGUCGCCAUGGACUAUGGGGUUUGAUGAAGUGGCACACGGUGUCAAUAUGGCUGCAUUUGCGGCUCGUCUGUCAGCCAGUGGAAUAAUAAACGGAAUCUCAUUUGCAAUAUGGGAUAUGAGAGAUAAUCUAGAAGAAGAUGAUGAGAGUGACCUUGAGCACUACUCUGAAUACAUCAGCUGCGCAGCAAUGUGGAUCUUAUGUUCUGGACAGUGGUUUUUUACCGAGAUGGUCUACGUUCAACGUAGUCCAGCUGAUCUUGCGGAGGUGGGACCAAGUUGGAGAACUGGAUCACUUUACAAAGGUCCCAUCCUCGGCUUGGAAAGAUGGAAAUUUUGGCAAAAGGCAUUUAUUGCGGCUGCAGAAAGCGUUCAUGCCAAUGAGGAAUGCAAAACAUUGUCGCUUAAGUCUGCCAAUAUCAUGCAGGCUUUGGCGGAGAAUGUCACUUGGUGA